AUGCGCAACAUCAGGCUCACUGUGAUUGGCUGGAAUCAAAGACUAUAUACGGUCUUCAGUUGUAAUGCGGAUCAAUCUCGCGAGGUGACCUUCACCGUCCCCCCAACGGUGUCCCCGCUCUCCCCCCGCCGCGCCCUCGGGGACUGCUCGCCCCUGUCCCCCCGCCGGCUGGGCUCCGGGGACACCACCCCCGUCGGGAGCCAGGCGGGGAGCGAGUAUGGGGGGGACUCCCGGACCACCACCCCCUCCCCGGGACUCCUCAGGGGAUCUUUCACAGACAUCCCAGCUGUUAGUGGAGCGGCGUGCAGCCUGGGCUCCAUAAACCCCGAACUCUACAAGACGGACGAACUGGAGGGCGAGUACGACCAGUAUCCGGACGACCACAUCGGGAGAGUGUGGCUUCAGCUGGAGUACCUCAGUGACUCCGAAAAGCUCCUCGUGAACCUGAUCAAGGCCAAGAACCUCCCAAGUCGUCUCAUCGGUUCCAUCAACGCUUGUGAUCCUUAUGUGAGACUCUACCUUAUGCCUGACGAGCGCCGAUACCUGCAGACGAAGACGAGGAGGAAGACCUGCAACCCGAGAUUCGACGAGACCUUCUGCUUCCAGAUCACGGCCAAGGAACUGGAGGAGAGAGCGCUGAAACUCACCUUCUACGACGUGGAUAGAGACAAGAAGCACCAGGUGAUUGGCCACGUGCUCUGUCUCCUGAAGGACCUAACCCCGUGGGAGGGAAAGCGGAUGCUCCGACGCGACCUCGAGCGAAAGUGAGCCUAAGUCCGCGCCAGCUCGGCCAACUCGAACUCACUCUCUGUUACAACGACAACCUGGAGCGUCUCACGGUCACCGUCGGAGCGGCCAGGCAG